AUGGCUGAUAUUUACAAACAACAAGAUUUAACUCCAGAACAAAUUGAAUUAAUUUUAAGUACUGUACCAAUUUUAGAACAAGCUGGUGAAACAUUAACUGCAAAAUUUUAUAAUCGUAUGCUUACAAAUUAUGAUGAAGUUAAACCAUUUUUUAAUGAAACUGAUCAAAAAUUAUUAAGACAACCAAAAAUUUUAGCAUUUGCUUUAUUAAAUUAUGCAAAAAAUAUUAAAGAUUUAACUCCGUUAAUUGGUUUUGUUCAACAAAUUGUUUCAAAACAUGUUGGUUUACAAGUUAAACCUGAACAUUAUCCUAUAGUUGGUACUUGUCUUAUUGAAACAAUGGUUGAAAUUUUACCAAAAGAAAUUGCUACAUCUGAAUUUAUUGAAAGUUGGUCAAUUGCUUAUGGAAAUUUAGCUGCUUUAUUAAUUGAAUUAGAAGCAAAAGAAUUUGGUAAAAAUCCAUGGCAAGGUUUUAAAAAUUUUAAAGUUACAAGAAUUGAACCAGAAUGUGAAGAUGUUGAAUCAGUUUAUUUUACACCAGAAGAUGGAUCAAAAUUACCAGAAGUUAAACCAGGUCAAUAUGUUUGUAUUCGUUGGUUAUUACCAGAUUCAAAAUUUGAAAAAUCAAGAGAAUAUUCAGUAAGUCAAGUUCCAAAAAAUAAUGAAUUUAGAAUAUCAGUUAGAAAAUUACAUGGUGGUUUAGUAUCAGGAUAUAUUCAUGAAAGUUUAAAAUUAGGUGAUAUUUUAAAAGUUGCUCCACCAUGUGGUAAUUUUACUUAUAAAGAAAGUGAAAAUCCAAUGGUAUUAAUAGCUGGUGGUAUUGGUAUUACUCCAUUAAUUUCAAUAAUUGAAACUGGUUUGCAAAACGGUAGAAAAAUCAAGUUAAUAAAUUGUAAUAGAACAACAUCAACAAGACCAUUUACUGAAUUUUUAGUUGAAAAUUUAAAAAAAUAUCCAGAAAAUUUCCACGUUUUUGAAUAUUUAUCAGAUGAAAAAAAAUCUUCAACUAUUUUUUCAAAAGUUACUAAUAGACAAUUAGAAUUAUCUGAUUUAGAUACAAUUACUCCAAAUCAUGAUGUUUAUCUUUUAGGUCCAAGACCAUUUAUGAAAGAAAUUAAAAUUUAUUUAGAACAAAAAUCUAUACCAGUUAAUUUAGAAUAUUUUGGUCCAUUAGAUGUUUAA